AGGGCACAGGCAGGACGGUGUGUGCGCCUGUUUGCGUGUAUCACUCCCUCACUGCAGAUUCAACACAGCUCUUAGCACAGUAAAAAGACUUUCAAAUCCAACCACUCAAGAUCCUGUUUCUGCCAACACAGCCAGCACAGGCCAAGAGACAACCAUUUCAACAAAAAAAAUGGCAUCAGAGGACGGUUUCAGCUACCUAAUGGCAGGUCACAAUGAGAAACACAGGCGGGCCCCGAACUGGACCGACGGCGAAAUGAAAGCCCUCUUGUACGUGUGGGAGGACCACCACCACGAACUCAAAAUGAGCAAGAGGAACGCCAAGGUUUACGAGAAGAUGUCCCAGAGGUUUUACCAGCUGACCGGGGAGCAGCGCUUCAAAGAGGAGAUCAAGAUGAAAAUCACCAACAUGUCGUUUCAGUACAGGCGACUGAAAACCGUGGUUGGCGAAAGCGGGGAGACGCCGGACUGGCCGUAUUUCAAGCCCAUUGAGAAGAUCCUCUCCAAGCCGCUGGAGAACGGGCGGGUGAACCCUUUGGAGUUCCAGGCCUCUUCUGCGGGUCCCUCCACUUCCUCCCAGUCUACAGACAACCUGGUGCCCCAGUCGGAGGAGGGGGUGAUGGGAUUCCUGCCAGAGUACACAGGCUCCUCAGACGAGAUGGAGAUAAAACAAGAGCUGGACUCUUCGAGCUCUGACAGUGAGACACACACGCAGGGCUCCAGCUCUCACCGUACUUCAGCCAGGAAAAAACAUGGCAACAAGCACCUGUCCAUGAAGAGAAAGAAACUGCGGUUGAUGCAGGCCAUGUUACAGCAACAAAGGAAGUCGAGCCGGGCCAUUGAGGAGACGUGCAGGGAGGUCCGUCGGGCCAUGCACCAACAGAACCUCCUGCAGGUCCAGUGUCUGCAGCUGCAGGAACGUAUGAUGAACCUUCUUGAGAAGAUGAUCCAGCCUCCCUCCGCCACGUCAGCAUCGUGGGGUCAGAGCGGAGUCAAAGAUCCAGUGAAGCCGUGACGUGUCGGGGUUAUGGUUGUCUGGGAGAGAUCAUGGUCUUGCCUCACUUAUAGCCUUGUUGAAGCAAGAAUAAAGUCUAUUUAUUUUGGAUUUCAGUUCAACUCGGAACAUUUUUUCAGGUUUAUCAUGUUGCACAUGUCAAACUGUAGCUCUUAUCAGUGCAGAGACGUACAAAGAUAAACUAUUAAGAUUUUUGAAAGUGUCAUCAGCCUGAAUAUCAUUGAUGGAAUGGCCCAUGUUAAUAACCAUAGUGACAUAUGCUGGCAUUUAAGCAUCUAGUGUAUGUAAGGCCUCAAUGUGGGCUUUUAUUGUAGGGAAGCUGUAUCGGAUCUGCUGUCGUGAUAAUAGUCAAGUACCCUAUUAAUAUCUCUGUGGAGACAAAAGCUUGGCAGAAAAACAGACUUAUCUUGUCACUUUAUCACUGUGCCGCGAUAAUUGGGCUACAAGUUGGAAAGGUUUGAUGCCAAAACAAGACAAUUUGUAGCAUUAUGAACCCGAAGUUGAGGCAAUGAUGUAGGGAUUGGAAAUGUUGUCAUCAAAUGGCAACAUAACCGACUGCAGCCCACAGACAUUUCUCUUUAGUGAAUCUUAUUUAGCUGCAAUAAAUAAAAAUCUGACAAUUUUUGAGUCAACUGACUCAUUUUUCUAUUCAUAUCCAGCAAAUUCAGAUUGUGCGUCACUGUGAGUGUCUCUCUUCCUGCACAAUAAUUGGACUGACUAAGGACAAAUAUUGUGCAGUUAAAUCUUGGACGGUAUUGUGCUUUUAGGAUUAGAUAAAGGCCCAGGCCAAAUGGAGACGGAAAACAGAAAAACGUUUUAUUUUUUUUAUUUUAAUACUAGAAUAUGCAAA